UUCUACCUCCGUCUCCUCUUAAACCUCCAACGAGGGUUUUUUGAGGAAAGCUUCUCCGAAAAUGGCCAUUGGUCGUUUACUUUCACCCAAAUUAACUCCACAUUUCAACAGUAGAGGUUUCGUACCUUUGACGAGAAGGUGGUUAUCUUCUUCUAUCGAGGAUGGUAGGAAAUAUGAGAGAUUGCCAGAUUCUGAAGUUUCCACGAACAAAGAUAUUGGCCAAAAGGGAAUGCAUUGGUACUCUUUCGGAGGUUUACUGACUAAUCUGAAGCAUAAGAUUUUGGGAAACGAGGUUUUGAUGGACAAAACUUUAGGUCAAGACUCGCUAAAACCACCCAUGGUUUCCUCAUCAAAUGUGACUGCAACUAAAGUGGUCACCUUGCAGAACGUUGCAGAAGACAGAAACUGUAUCACUUCGAGUGUAAAAGAGGAAUCUUCAAUCUCUGAAAUGGGGUCUCAAGAUGCAUUUCAAAGUGUUGUCGCAGUAGAUAGAAACUGUAUUACUUCGAGUGUAAAAGAAGAAUCUUCAGUCUCUGAAACGGGGUCUCAAGAUGCAUCUCAAAGUGUUGCUGCAGAAAACAAAACCUGUUUGGCUUCAAGAGUAAAUGAAGAGUCUUUGGUCUCUGAGAUGGGAUCUCGAGAUGUAUCUCAAAGUCUUGCAGUAAUUGAGACUUCUGGGAUGAGAGAAAGCUUAUCUGUAAAUAAAGAGAGGUUGGAUAAUAUUGAUAGAGUAGGCGGCUUGGAGUUUACGCAGGAGAAGGUGUUAAGCUGUAUACAGCCUGAAAGAGUGGAUCCUCCCAAGGAACCAAGUUCUAAAGAUGUCGCUUUAGGUUUCUUGACUGGAGAAGUAUCAGAAAGUCUAAAAUCACCUGGGGAAAAUAUGGCGAACUUGCAGCCUGAGAAAGGGCAUUCCCAUCAAGCAAAACCACCUCGGAAUAAUCUCUCAAACUUGUUUGGAAGCUCAGAACCAUAUAAAGAGGUGAAGCUUCCUCUGACAUUUGAGGCUUUGUGUAACAGUAAUUCCAGUAAAUCUACAGGAGAAUCCUCUUGUGAUGCCAGUGAUUAACACGGCCUAAAUGGUAAAAUGCUGUCUGAUCCUGUCCAGAAAAUUAUAAGUAUAUCUAAGGAAAAUGAUAAGGACAGGUUAUCAGAGGCUCCUGAAAUUCCAGGCUCUUUGGUAUCCAUUCUAGUAAGGGGUGGGAUUAAUGGUCAGAGUGGAGACCUGGCUGCUAUUAGAGAAAGGAAAAGUAUAUUUUCGUUUGAAAGCUCUAGAAAAACCGUUGCACCUCUGGCAGUGAGUAGCAUAGAGAAGUUGAUGGACUCCCUUAACCUUCCGACUGACAAAGCGGGCUCAGAUGCCAACUCAUUGAAUCCUAAUGGUAGAGAAGAAAUAUGCAUAUCCAAAGGCAAUCCUGCAAUGCAGAAAAGUUGUGCAACAGGGGAAGAGGAAUCCAAAGGGGAAACUUUAGUAAUGAAAAACGAAUCAUUGUGCAGUCAGGCAACCUUGGCUGCUACUACCAUGGAUCCUAAGGUAAUAAAAAAGAGUUUGUUCGCAUUAUCUGCUGGAGAACACUCUCCUAACAAAGUACUGCUAAGGUUUUUGCAAGAAUCUUUUAACAAGAAUGACAUUGUCGAAGUGUUUUCUGGGUUUGGAACCGUUUUGGAUGUACAAGAAAUUCCCUCCUUGGAAGGGUGCAUUUACAAAGAUGCUCUCUUAACUUUUGAGACUAAAACUGCAGUCAAGGAUGCUCUGAAGAAAGUUAGUGUGAUGGUGAAGAAUUACAGUGUAUGUGUUGAGGCAGCUUCUCAAAAAGACAUGGUAGAAACCAUAUGUAUUCCGGAUCUCAUUGGCGAUCCAGAUGUGCCCAUUGCCUUGGUGAAGGAACCAGCCCGAACAGCUAAAAUUCAUCCGAUGACACAUGAUUUUAGUUCGAAUCAGAUCAAAGAAGCGCUGAGGUUCUGUAGGAGCAACAUAUCAAAGUUUAUCUUGGGUUCAGCGGGAACAGAUGCGUUUGUUGAGUUUGAGACGGAAGAUGGCAAAGAGAGAGCACUUGCAGGGCAUUCAGUCAGCAUAUGCAACACACAAUUGUUUAUCUCUAGGAUUGAUAUACCGAGGACAACCGUGGCAAGGUUUUCAAACUUCUCGGGAUCAGCAAUGGGAGAUGUACGAGCAUUGUGUGUUCCUUAUGGAAAGAUCAAACAGGUGUACCACAGGGGAAAGGGCAUCGCAGAUGUGCGUUUCGAUGUCUCUGAGUGGCCAAACAUGCUCAGCAUUCUCAACAGCUUGAAUGGUAUGGAGGUAGAUGGUAACAAGUUGGUGGUUCGAGCUGCAACAGCAGUAAUACCUCCUGAGAUUUUGAGCCUUUUGUGGAGAGAUCCUCAAGGAAAGAGAUACGUGAAAAGUGUUAUCCGGAAUCUGGUGAGAGAGAUUGAGCAGCCUAUAGAUGCAACUAGUUACCACACACUCAUGCAAGAUUUACUAGAUAGCUUCAUGUAAUAUUUAACUCUUCAAGAUUAGAGGCUAGAGUCUAGAGCCAUUGUUUUGGUCAAAUUGAAUCAAAAGAGGAAUCAAAUAUCCACAUCUCAAAAUUAGAUAUA